GUUAUGCAGAAAGGGUUGUUGAUGCGUUUACUCCCUUAGAUGUGUGUGCGAGUGUUACGUUAUAUACAUGUAUGCAUUCAGGUCAAUACCUUCUUCCUCAGCCCUCUCAUUGUGGACGGUAUGCUGGAUGGGAUUUCGCGCUGAAAGACCCACUCGCCGCAACCCGCUAAACCGGGUCAAUCCGAAUAUCGUCCACAUGUUAUUGCUAACUGCGUCAAUAUAUGACGAUAACGACGCGAUUUCUCGCGAGUUUGUAAGCCUAAACCAUGUCUCAGAGAUCACCAUUCAGGAUGCGCACUAAGCGAUAGCGUGGAUGGCAUCCCUGCUAGCGGGCUUAGCCGGACCCUGUCGCCGCGGCUAUUUAAGGGAGCUUCCCUCCCUGUUCUCCCGUGCUUCCGUCACUUACCCCAACCAUGCACCCCAGAUAUCCCAUGGAUCCUGAAUUCUUCCGAGACGCCCUCAGGGCUGCUAUCCGGUGCCACUCUGCCGAUAGUGUUGAUGUUCUUCUGAGGCGGGGGGGGGGCAACCCUGAUGUAUAUGACCUUUCUAAAUAUGAGCGCCAGCAGAGUGAGUUUCUGCGAUUCCUCCCUAAGAGCGAAGAUGGUAUUCGCCAUCCCCCCAGCGGAUCCCGAGCGGAGCUUCUUGCUGCUAUGGAUGAAAAUGGGUAUCCUGCUCAGACAGUUCACAUCACGGAAGAGGAGGUUGAAGAAGGCCGCUGGCAAGACGAAUUCUGGACGCAAAGCUCGCGCCGAGUUGAUCCCCAGCAGCAAAACGUCAUCCAUCCCUUGAUUCUUGCAGCCUGGCAAGAAUCGACUGCCGUUGUGAACCGUCUCAUCGCAGAACCGCCUAGACCUUCCGCUCUAGCCAUCUCCUCUCCUGUCCACGAGGCUAUAGCAAGAGGUAAUAAUACCAUGCUACGCCAUCUGCUUGCCCGGGGAUUCAGCCCAAAUACUCUUCCCCUUGGCAACGUGCGCGAAAGUAUCACACCGCUCAUGUCAACCUUCCUGCACAGGACCAACGAAACUUGGGAUGAAGCGGCAUAUGACAUACUUGCUCAAGACCCCCGGAUUGAUUUGGACCUCCGAUCGCCAUUCAUGCUCGUCCACAUUCUCCAUUUCGCCACGGCCUAUUCCCUCACGGCUUUGAAACGCGUUGAACGCGAUGUCCCUCUUUCUCACGCCGAUACCACCGCUUACGGCCGAACGCUUCUGUACAUCGCCUGUCUACCCAAACUCAGACAACGGUUUGCAUCCAAAGUCCGGGAGUCGAUCCAUGCCCUGCGAUGUCAUUAUUCAUCCGCUCCCGAGACAAAAGUUGAAUGUGAGGCAGAGCUUGGCCCCCAGCUGAAACUGAUACAGUACCUCCUAGCAUCCGGCACGCAGUCAGUUACAGCGUAUGAUACCGAUUUGAAUACCCCGUUGCAUUACCUUGCUAGCGCGAGGGUUAUUAACGAAGAAGCGAUUGCGCUGUUGCGCGCGCAGCCAGAUGGCGAGGUAAUGUGGACGGAAUGGAGGAAUUGGUAUGGGUAUACGGCCGAGGAGCUGUAUGAGAAAGUGCAUCGCAAGAGGAAGCAGAAGGACUCGUGGUAUGGGGGGACGACUUUACGGGUUGCUAAAAUGCCGAAACUGCGACUGAGAUGGUGAGUUUGUGGCUUGAGAUGACUGCCUGAUCCGGCCAACUUGGGGUCCAUCGUCAGGUAAGUUUUCUCUCCAACCAUAGUUUAUGGCUGCUGUUAAAUGAUUGAUCUAGUGUGUAGUCUGUAUACAAUUGGUACAUCGGUAAGUCCUUGUAAUCAACUGGCACUGACACAUCGGAUAUAUAAACCCUCUGCCUCGUAAAUCCGUGCCGUUCGGAACCCUCGGAUAAUCA